AUGUGCCAAAAGCCAGAACAAACCAUUGACGAAUUUGUAACUGAGCUAAAACUGCAGGCUCAAAAAUGCGACUACGGAGCUCAAGAAAACAGGCUCAUCUGUGAUCGUAUCAUCAUUGGGAUACGAGACGUGGCUUUGCGCGAACGAAAACUGAAGACAAAGUUAGAGUUGGUGGACUCUAUCGUCAGCCAUCUAGCUUCAGAGCAGCGCAACGAAGGUAUCAACCAUCCGAGCCACAAAGAGACCAAUCCAGCAACCGACAGCAAAGUUCAUGUUCGAGAUGCGACACAGCAGAAAACCUACGGAUAUCGACGUGUUUCUGCAGUAGAAGAAACUUCCAACUCAUUUAUGAACAAUGACCCCAAUGAAACAAUCCAUUUGGGAGGCAUAACAAUUGGGCCUUUUCCAUCAACCAAAGCACCCAAGCUUGCGCAAACUGCGACAGAGCUGGAGAGGCGGUCAAAGAAGAAAAGGGGCAUGCUGGCAUCUCGCCCCGAAAAGAGACAAUGCCUGAUUUCAGAGUUGAUGUUGGCAAAGGCAGAAAGGGAGCGAAUGUCUUUGGAGCACGAGAGAAAUAUCGAAGCGAGCUUUGGCCGUGAGCAGGCCCUUCAAAGCGAGUGCAAGGCAGCUUCGGCUCUCCUGGGGAAGAUGCAAGCACGGCAAGCAGAAUUUUCUCAUGCCAAGCAUCAGGAGUUCGAAGCAUUGAAAGCCCAGUUAGUUUCUCUAAGUGGGGAUUUGUCAAAGCAUCUGGAGCUUGUAGAUGUCAAGGUGGAGGAAGCGAACACCCUGAAGGAGAAGUUUGAAGCAUCUCAGCUUGAGCUCGAAAGGUUUUCUGCCGAGUACUGCAUCUUGCAGGAUGUCCUUCUUCAAGACUGUGGCGAGGACUUGCCGCUAGUUCAGAAUGAUUUCGAACAACGAGAGUUCAGUGCCUUUCAGUACCUCAAGAAGCUGCUGGAAAUCGCAAAACGCAAGAGAGAGGCCCUGGAAAACCAGCUUGCUAAAAAAGAGGAGCAGUUCAAUCUACUUCAGCAAAACUAUCAGUACUUAAAGGACCGGUACCAGUGGCCGUUACAAGAUCUCGGGGCAUUUGUCCGGAGCAUCAUCGUAGCAUUUGUCCGGAGCAUCAUCGAGCACACCAACCAGUCGUCAGAAGCUGCAGUGUCUCUUGAAGCAAGUCAGCUGGAAGACUUGAACCCUAUGCUGGCAGUGCUUCAGCAACGGGUCAAAUCCUUGACAGUUAGGAACGAGCUCCUCGCUCAAGAAAGUCAGCAGUGGAAACCAUCUUGUGAAGAUGCGAGUGAAAAAAUUAGAUGCGUGUCUAAUGAAAGUCACCUCUGGCAGCAGAGACACGAAAAGGUGGCGGAGACUUUGAGAGAGAGAGAGAAUGCUGUUAAGUGUCACAAUUCGUCGCAAACGGAAGCAGACGGAAGCUCCUUUACCGAGAAGGCAGAAACAGAGUGCGAGAGGUUAGACGAGAAAGUCAGCAGCCUCCUAAAACGCAACGGAAAGCUAGAAAGCGAAGCCGACAUUUUGGGGUCAGAACUUUCCUGCCUGGAGGAGCAAGCUGAGAUGCUCGUCAGCGACAACAAACAUUUUCAACAGCUAGCUGAGAACUUAAAACAGGCACGACAUUGCCUCGAGGAGGAGUUGAAGACUCAGCGCGAGCAGCACGUCAAGGUUACUAAGGAGAUGGAGAACGAGCACUGCACUGCGCUGGACGAAGCGGCCAAGUGUGAGGCCGCACUAUCAGCGCUGAAGAGAGACCACUCCCAGCUGUUGGACAAGUAUAACCACAUUGUAUACAGACACAGGAACCUGCAGGAAGAGUUUCACGCGGCAGCCCAAGAGAAACGCAGUUUGGAGGACAGGUGCGCUCAGCUCACAAAAGAGUGGGCAACAGCCAGACGAGAUCUCGCAGUCUUCGAGGAACAGCAGGGCGCAGACAAGCACCUCAAGGCUGAAGAAGGGUUGGUACACGCGCCAAACCAAAAAGUGGAGGCCUCGAUGGAACAUGUCACCGAGGGCACUGGGGAUACAGCGCGAACUUUGGAGGCACCAGCAAGCCGAGUCGAGAUAGAGGAACUCUCCCGGCGGUACGAGUCCCUUUUGAAACAGUCUCGCGCCGAGGAGAACAAGUGGAACCAGGACAAGCAGCAGCAGAAACACAUCGAGGACUUACAGGCGCAACCGUCUCAAACGAAGCUGCUGAAGACUAUGUCCAUACAGUUCCAAAUGGCGAAUCACUUGAACACAUUUCCACGUCUACAAGGUCAACAGGAUAACCAAAAAAACAAAGUCGACGCGUUGUGGUGA